AUGUACCCCUCUGUCCCCGGGAUGCCAAGCACUUUAACACGGCAAUGGGAUGCGUUCCCUGGUAUCCUUUGUCUCUCCCCUGCGUCCCGGCCAUUGAUUGCCCAUGACGACAAACCUGCUUGCGAGGAAAACUCCGUCUGGACUCGGAGUAUCUUUUUACGGGCUUUGAGUGUCGCAUGCCCCUCGUCUUCUCCCUCUUUCCACACUUUUCCCUUCCACCAUGGCUCAGUUACUCACUCGAAUGGACGAAGGAUCGUCGUAAUGGCCAGGCAAGAGUUAUCAGCUGACGCCUAUGGUGUGCUUGCAAUGCGGAAAGCGUCGAGAACAAACCCGCCAUUGAAGAAUAUACCCGAUCUUUGGCCGUGCCCCUCUGGCGGAAAAUGGGCCGAGGGGGCGCUCAUUAGUCGUUGGCGAAAAUCCCACAUUGUUCAUGCAGAUUUCACUAAACGUAGUCAAGUACAAAGUAGACUACCUGAAGUAGCGCCGAGUGACAUUCUUGGGGCUGCAAAUUAUGCUGUGAACCGGGGUGGGAGCAAGGGACCAGGUCAAGCAAUGAUGUCGGCUGUUCGAUUAAGUAGAGGAGUAGAUGUUCAAGUUAGAUCCUGGUGGUUUACUAACGAGCUCACUGCCAAACUACUAGUCAACGAGACUGACGGCGUUGUCUCGGUACUUACUAACGGUACUAGUAUGUAUGGCCAGCGUUACGUUGCAACCAACUCACAUGGACACAAUGGACGCAGGCAAUGGAUGAUUAAUCCACACACAUCGAUCGGUCGGGAGAAAUCUGUUCCAGAACCCUUCUGCCUGCGGAUGCCGAGCCGUGGCCCCGACCAACUGCGCCACGCUUCUGACACUGCGAUUCGACUACUGACCAUCCUCGUCCCUUCUCCAUCUUCAGGAACACCUCCCCCUUUUUCUUCUCCAACCCCUCUUGAGAUAUUCUACACUCUCUUUAUAACACGCUAUCCCGCCUCGUCGUUCGUUCCCGCCCCUCCGAUCGGGAGCAUGGCUGCAUUGGCUGUCACUCCUUUCCCAUCCAGAUCAUGA